AGUCUUCAAUAUUCAUUGGUUCAAAGGUGUAAAGGAAUUUUUCUGCUUGCAAAAUCUAACUAAAAUUAUACUUAAAAUUGAAUUGAAAUAAAUAAUAAGAAAUCCUAAAACGUUUUAAAAGUCAAAAAAGUACUAUAGAGAAAUUAAAAAACAUCAAUUUCUCGAUUCUCGAUCUUUUCAAUUCGAAAAAAAUUCAGGCGAAAAAAAUCAAUUUCAACAUUCGCAAUAUUUUCCUUGAAAUAAUUUAAUUAAAAUUAUGAAAUAUUCCCUGUGUGUUUUGUUUGUUUUGUGCUCAACUUCCCUUUUAAUAGAAGCUAAUAAAAAGCCAGUCGCUAACACUGGGAAGUAUUAUGAAGGAGAUUUUGAGUUUGUAGAUGAGGAUUACAAAACAAGUCAACGUAAAUCAUCCAUUUCUGAGAGAAAAAAAUGGAUACACGACCCAUCAAAUGAUCUCUGCAAGCCAUUAAAUUGCAAGAAGAAGGAACUUUGCUUAUUAGAAGAUGCUUAUACAGCAGUAUGCGUCUCAAAGAAGGAGCUACAUAGAAACAAGGACGAAGUUUUGACGAAAAAUAAAUUUUUAGAAGAUGAAGCAAAACGGAAUGCAGAUGUCGUUGAAAACGAAGAUGAUACGCAACAAAGUGAAGUGGAAUCAAAAUCUGAGGACUCUCAACAAGACGAUGACCUUUUCUAUGAUUCAGAUUCUAGCCAACAGGAAGAAGAUAAUUGCAAGCCGUGCCCAGUUGUAAAACCAACGUUCCUAUGUGGAUCAGAUAACAAAACAUAUUCAUCAUUAUGCCGUCUAGAUUACCACAACUGCCUCCAUGCUACGCAAAUAAAGGUGACAUGCAAGCAAUUUUGUCCAUGUGAAGAUGUCACCGACAAAAUGAAACGAAAGAAUAAUCGUUUUAAUGAACUUCGUGAUAAGUUUAAGAAAAGUGUUCAACGUACAUCAGGCACACAACAAAGAUCAACCGUCACAGACUUCAACGAUGUAACAAAGGAAAAAAGCAAGAAUCGCUACAAUCGCGUCAACCCAAAAUAUACAUUUACCCCAGAGGACAUUAAAUAUGAUAACAAACAUUACAAAUACAUCAAGUUUACAGCAAAAAAAAUGAAAAUGAGUGAAGAUCAGAAGGAGCAACAGAAGAGAAAAAAUGAAUACAAUGACGUUGUUGAUAAACAGCCUCCAGUAAGAAUUUUUAAGAAUACAAAUUUAAAGAAAUUUAUCUCAAGUGAAUGCAAGCAACAACAAUUGACUGCUAUCGGAAAUCGUUUAUUGGAUUGGUUUUCAGUUAUCAUGGCUGAUAGCAAAAAGCGACUUAAUCAUGAACAAAAAUCGAAAGUGAAAUCGUCAGAGACAUGCAAGAAUGAAGCACGAUGGAUGUUUGGACACUUAGAUAUAAAUUCAGAUGGAUUGUUAUCUCUGCAAGAACUUUAUGAUCUUGAACAUGAUCAGGUGAGAUAUUUAUGUUAAUUUUGAAGACAGCAUUAUUUUAACAUAAACACAAUUUAUGGUCACAGAAUGAAAAAUGCAUCAAGCCUUUUAUUGAUACUUGUGACGUAGACCAGAAUGGUUUCUUGAAUACACGAGAAUGGUGUCGUUGCUUUGAGAAGACAGACAGACCGUGUGCUGCUGUAAGACGUCGUUUAAAUGGCGACAUGGUUGGAUCUUAUGCACCAGAAUGUGACUCGCAAGGCUUCUAUAAAGCCACUCAAUGCCAUUUAACAGUUGGAAUCUGUUGGUGUGUUGAUAAGCAUGGAGUGGAAUUUGCAAACACUCGGACACGUGAAAAACCAAAUUGUGAUGAAAUCAUAGAUGGAGCCGUUGCAACUGAUGUCACAACAGAUGAUGAAGAUGAAGCAAAUGGAGAUGACAGCUCAGAGGAAGGAAGUGCUGAGAGGCUCUUAGUUUUUUAAACAAGAGGCAAUUUUUUUCUUCUCCUCCAUAACGACACUUCUAUUUGUAGCCAUUGACUUUUUUUUAUUAAGAACACUACCAACACAGAAUUUUUAUAAAAACGACAAGAAAAAUUAUGAAAGGAGUUGAAAAAAAAAUUAGUACCUAACAACAAUGACGUCCUUUUAUGUUUAUGUUUGCACACAAACACACACAUACUUACGAUGGGUGUUUCUAAUUUUUUAUAAAUUAAUUUAUCAUAACAGAAGGUGACAAUUAUGUCUUACAUGAACGUAAGAAUUUGUUAAAUGUUGAUAAAUCUUAUUCACAAAUGACUCGAUUCUUGGUAAUUUAGUAGAAACCAUGUUCAAGAAAAUAAAAAUUAAUUCCUUAUUUAUUGAACUGUUCGAGUAACUGUUUAUAUGAAGUUAGAAGAAAUUUUACAUUAAAUUAUUGGCAGAAAUGAAAAAAUACAUACAAUUGUAGAAAAUUUGAAGCCAUUAAAAAGAAAAUGGCAAAAAAAAGAGAAAAAUUAUACUAAAUAGAACAAGGAAAAUUCAUUAGAAAUUCAACGAAAAAGUUAGUGCAUUAAUCUACUUUUUCGAUUUUUUUAUUUAUUUUUAAAUUGGUAAGUUUUAUAAUUUAUUUGAUAAUCUUCAUGAUAAAAUGUGUAAGAAUUUGAAAAUGAUAUUCCUAAAUUAACUUCUUAUUAAAUGAAGUAGAAUAAGGUAACAGAAGAGUUUUCAAGAAACAAAACCUAAUUAUAAAAAAUGUUUUUGGAAGCAUUUAUGUUAAUAUUUUUUAUGUUUA